CUCUAGGAGCCGGCAAGCAGAAAAUUGCAAGUCAAAUUGGCAAGACGAAAAACAUAAAGUAAUCGCAUUUUCUGCAACAAUUUGUUCAAUUUGUGAAGUUAUAAAUUAAUGCGUUUGCUGUUCGGCGUCCAGGCAAUACGCAAUCGUCUCGCUCGCACCUACAGCAGCAGCCGUUUUCGAAAGAUGGCAACGGACGUGAAGUUCAACGAGUCGCUGGGAUGCAGCGAUCCGCAAACACAUCCGGUACUGAUCAUCGGACAGCUGCGCCAUCUCAAUCUGCUGAAGUUCAGUCAUCUGGAGAGUAAGCUGAGUCCGCGAGUAACGGAAGAGACUUUCCUGAAUGCUGUGGCAUGUUUGCAUCCGGCGCCCACCGAUAAGGUUUCUCUUUACCUUGAUGUGGCCACAGUGGCUGCCCUGCCAUUGAAGGCCUCGCGACAUAAUACUGCCUCCCGGGCCCAUGCCAUCACCCGACUGGUGAAGAACCAUGUGCUGAACGUUUCCGAGGAGAGUGUAGUGCUGGUCUGUGAACGUGAGAAUCUAUUCGCCAGUGCCUGUGCUGUGGUCCGGGCUUUUCCUCUCUAUUCCCGUAAAACAGGGAACUUACUGGCUGCAAGCCAAGCAAAGUCAGGUUUCGGUUGCGGAGAUCAAGGAGAUGGAAACAAAGAUAUAGGACGGAAUGUAGUAAACGUCGAGUUUCUGCUAAUCAACAAAGAUGGGGGCAUAGAAAGCGAACCUUUGACGGAAGAUGAGCUAAAUUGCCUGAAUGAGACCACCCGGGCGAUACGACUGACUGCUCGCAUUGUGGACAUGCCCUGCAACGAGAUGAACGUGGACCACUUCAUCCAGGCAGUCGAGGACGUGGGUAGAGAGCUUGGCAUCGCACCGCAAAUAAUCCGCGGUGAGGAGCUGCAGGAGCGCGGUUUUGGUGGUAUCUAUGGCGUGGGUAAGGCGGCAGCUGUGCCACCUGCUCUUGUAGUGCUAUCUCAUCAGCCACAGGGAGCCCAGGAGACCAUCGCCUUGGUCGGCAAGGGCAUUGUCUAUGACACCGGUGGUCUAAGCAUCAAGGCCAAGACGGGCAUGCCCGGUAUGAAACGCGAUUGCGGUGGAGCCGCUGCGAUUCUUGGCGCCUUUUAUGCAGCUGUCCGUUGUGGAUUUAAGGAUAAUUUGCAUGCUGUUUUCUGCUUGGCAGAGAACUCAGUGGGUCCAAAUGCCACUCGUCCCGAUGACAUUCACACGCUUUAUUCGGGCCGUACAGUAGAGAUCAAUAACACGGAUGCCGAGGGACGAUUGGUACUUGCAGAUGGCGUUUGUUUUGCCAAUAAGGAUCUAAAAGCCAAUAUCAUCCUCGACAUGGCAACAUUAACUGGAGCUCAGGGCGUUGCAACAGGCAAAUAUCAUGGUGCCGUAUUGACAAAUUCGGAGACAUGGGAGGCAAAGUCGUUGCAGGCUGGACGCAAAUCCGGCGAUUUAUUGGCCUCCAUUAUUUAUUGUCCCGAAUUGCAUUUCUCGGAAUUCGCAUCGGCCAUUGCUGAUAUGAAAAACUCCGUGGCGGAUCGACAGAAUGCCCAAUCCUCUUGCGCCGGCCUCUUCAUUGCCGCCCAUCUGGGCUUUGAUUAUCCCGGCAUUUGGUUGCACGUCGAUAUGGCCACGCCCGUUCAUUGUGGAGAGCGCGCCACUGGCUAUGGUGUUGCCCUGUUGCUGACCCUCUUCGGUGGCCACACGGACUCCAAGUUGCUGCAAUCGAUUGCCCCCACCGACGAGGAGCCACCAUCGAAACGGCUGUGCCGCGAUUAACUCAGCCUGCCUGCCAUGUGCCUGACCCCGAUAAAUACGCAUUUUAAUCAUUUUUUGUCUAAUUGUGCUCAAGCAUCCAAUUUGUAUAGCCGACAGGCACUAAACAAAAAAAAAAACAAUAUUAUUUAGAAAUAAACGAAGUACGAUAUUAA